AUGGCUUCCUCGGCUCGUUUAAACCGCCUGAGAAGGCUCAUAGAGCCAGACCUUAAUGUUCUGCCUGACCGCCCAGCUUCCUCAGACCCCGUCCCUGACUCUGACGAUGACGGCCGUGUGCUUCUUGAGCCUACGGCCUCACAUGCGCCGGAAAGCAAACCGACUGCACCCAGUAAGGCUGACAUGACUACCAAGGCACCUGCUGCAAACACAGACCGCCGUUUCAUUUGGGUAAAGGACGCAGAGAGCUCCUUCAACCCAAACCUGGAUUCAAUGCGACUGACGACCGCUCCCUCUCCUCCUUCUGGCGCUACCAAGCUUCCUGCGAUUGAUCUCCAAUGUGGUGACCUUGCUUCUGCUCGCAAUCACUACACACCAAUCCAGGCAUUGGCCAAGUAUCCCUACAAAUACUGUAACAAGAUUCAUAUGCAAGAUAUUGCCUCUGCUUUCUUCGACCAAGGAAAAUUUUGGGAACGAGAGUGGGAUCUAUACUACGUGUGGGACCUUGAAGCCACCAAGCCCCUCAUUCUCGUGCGCGAGACUCAAGUACAGGCUCUACUCGCGGAAAUCAACAAGCACCUCAAGCUCGGUCUUUCGAUCACUGAUCAACAGCGAGAGGAAGGUUUGGUGUUACGCUACCCUGACCAUCCACGCUGCUUACCUCGAUACCUCGGACGAGCAUACUCACGAGAAGACGUCGACACCAUGGCCCGCAACGCCCCCGGUGAUAACCAUCGUGCUGCGGGAGAAGCCUCCCACCCGCCUCUCAAGGAGGGUACUGUAGAAGAGUUCAGAAACAUGUUGGAAAAAGCUGCAGAAGCGCAAAAGGCAAAGUCAAAGGCGCACAAGGCAAAGAAGCAGCAAGAUCGCUUGGUCAAGAACAAGACGAUGGUGGACCAGUUCAAGCGCGCGCAGAGGUAUCUCGGUCUCCGCGCAACCCUCCAGGACGGCGUCAUGCAUGACUUGGCUCCGGCCGUCGAUCCUCUCAUGCCAACUCCAUUUGCCUUUGACCAAUCGGUCGUCUUUGUCUGCAUCGAUGUCGAGUCUUUUGAGAGAGAUCACAACAAGAUAACCGAGGUUGGCGUUGCUACGCUGGACACGCAAGACUUGGUCGGCGUUGCGCCUGAUGUAGAUGGUGAAGCUUGGAGGGACCUGAUCCAGGCCCGUCACUUUCGCAUCAAAGAAUACCGACAUCUGAUCAACCGUGACUUCGUCAAUGGAUGCCCAGACUCCUUCAGGUUCGGCCAAUCGACGGUGAUACCCCUCGGAGAAGCGCGCGAUCACGUUGCCCGCUGCUUUCGUCCACCCUUUGGGGCCCAGGAUGUAGAUGCAGACGAGUCUAUGGAGUCCACAGAGCCGCGUAGGAUCAUCUUCCUUGGCCAUGACACCAUGAGCGACAUUGAUUAUCUGAAGAAGCUCCAGUUCGACCCGAGCAAGGAGAACAUUGUCGAGCUCAUGGAUACUGCAACCAUGUACCGAGUUUGGCACAGAGAUCAACAAUCUACAGGCCUAGGCAAGAUCCUGGCUGACCUUGAUAUCGCCGGCUGGAAUCUUCACAAUGCUGGCAACGAUGCUGUAUACACAGUGCAAGCCAUGCUUGCAGUUUGCGUCCGUGAGGCCGCCAUGCGUGGUACUCAAUUGGAUGAACUACGAGAGAAGGAACGCGCCACCAGACUCAAUUCUGCCCUUGAAGAAGCUGAGCAGAAAGCCCAAUGCGAUGCCGAGGGUUGGAGCGACCACGAGGCCGAUGGGGACGGCGGCGGGCCGGUGCCGCUUGCUAUGACUACCGUCGUCGCUCUGAGCAGCGAGCUCGCCGUGGCUCCGCGCAAGCUCGGGGAGAAGGCCGUGGCCGAUCUCGUGGACGUAGUUCCGGUCGCGGUCGCGGUCGCGGCCAGUCAGACUCGUCUCUGGCUGGAGCCGUUCAGGAUCACUGGUGAGCGACUGCUAGAACGGCAUUAA